AUGCAAAAGACGUAUCAGCAGCCUUCAGAGGCGCCUCAAGCAUGGCGACGGACCUCCUCCAUAAGCUCGGAGGACAUGAAGUCGGCCCUAGAAGCAUUCGCAACCGCCGGUAACAAAGCUCUCAAUACAAGCUCGUUUGGAGCAGGACCCGACGACUAUCUUCGGAAAGCUGCCGAGCGCAGGACAAGUAUACCCAGCGGCUACAAACAAGACGCAAUUACAAAGGAGAUGAUGGCAAAAGCGUGGGCUGCGAAAUCAUACCCCGGCAUGGGAGGGCAAGGAAGCGGCAAGUCAGGGUAG